UCACUGUGGGACGGCCUCCCACCAAGUGCGCUUUGAUAGAGUGCAGUUGGGACAGCUCUCAACUUUUUCUCUGACACAGAUCAUAGCCUAGCAAAAGUAUUAGACAGCCACAUACGGAAAGAAGCUUUAUAACCUUCUGUUUUUGCAAUGCAGCGAGUAGCCUAUAGCCAGUUUUAGAUUGUGUCUCGAAUUUGUGACUUCUUAUGGCUCCGUUUGGAAAAAACUUUCUGAAAGCGCGCUUGAAAAACAGGAACAAGGACAUUGAAGCUGUUCCAGGAAAGGAGAUCCAGGUGUCCGUGUUUGAUGAAGAGAAGGUGGUCUGUGGAGUGACCAAACACACAACAUGUGCAGACAUAGUGCAGGCCUUGCUGGACGACCAUAAGACCAUCCCAGAAAGCAAGAGGCUCCUACAUGGUGACUGCAAAGACUUCUGCCUCCUGGAGCGCUGGAAGGGCUUUGAGAGGGCUCUGCCUCCUCUGACACGAAUCCUCAGGCUUUGGAAUGCUUGGGGAGACCAAAAACCAUUUAUUCAGUUCAUUCUAGUUAAAACCAGCGAUGUUGUGCCCCAAACAGGCAAACGGUGCAGUAAAUCCAAAGGGACCAAGCCAAAGACGUGGGAAAAAGGUCCCACUCAUUAUUCUCAGUCCCUGCCUGUUGAGAGACAAAAGCGCAUGGUGAAAAAAGCCUUUCGGAAGCUGGAGAAGAUCCACAAGGAGAAGGAGACCACCCCAGGUGCUGCGGAGAUUGACAGGAUGGUUCAGCUCAUAAUCUCUCAGGACCACACGAUCCGACAGCAGGUCCAGCGAAUGAGAGAUCUAGAUUUGGAGAUUGAGAGGGGCAAACUGCAGAUGAGCCAGGAGGAUGACAACUUGUCAAAGUUGUCAACAUCUCCCACCCAGAGCAUGGGCUUUCAGAAUGAGGAUCCAUUGCAGGACUACCUGUUUUCUAGAGAUGGAGUGGAGCAGCUAGAGUUGCAGUUGCAGCGGCACCAAGACCUCAUCCUCCAGUUGUCUCAUGACAUCAACACAGAGCUGAUGAGUGGCACGUUUGCCUGGCCAGAGGUUCCAGAAGAGGAGGUGCAACCGCAAGGGGCCACGGCUGCUGCACUAUCCCAGGCGUCUUCUGACUUAGAUCUAUCCUCCCAUGUCUCGGAACUGGAGAGACUACAGUCAGAACUGAAGUAUAGCCUGUGCACUGGCGUGUCCCUUCACAGCCAGACAAUGGAGCUGGAGAAAGAGCUAAAGCGCUACGAUAUGACAAUAAGCUCCAAAGACCAGGAGUGUUGGCAGCUGGCCACCCAGCUUUGCUCACUGCAGUUGGAGGAAAGUGUAAAGGAAGCUCCCAGGUCUGGGACCCUAAAAGGCCUGGCUCAUUGCAGUGUUCCACAACACGUGAAACUCAAACACAACUUGUCCCCUACUGACAUAACAGACACUGACUCAGACACAGGGAUUAGCUCCACACACAGUCAAGACUCCCUCUUGCCCUGUUUGGAUUCCAUGCCUCCUCUGGACUCAGAUGUUUGAACAGGAACAUCAGGACUCAGCAUGGGUGAAUAUUUCAGCAAUGCAUGCUGAAUGUUCACUAGUCUAAUGUUGAUAUUCAUCAAUUAAUCAUGCAGGAAUAUUUGACAUUGCUUUUGAAUACUCUAAAGGCGCCAUCACUAUCCCAGGUGUUAAUAAGACUGGCAUCUUCACAAUACCUUUUUGAUUUAUUUUCAACCAAAAGGCUUAUAAUGGUAGAAACGGGAUGUUUUAUAUUAAAACAUUUGGGAAAGGUGUGUGGAUAAAUAACUACAUUGAACCUUUGUUUUACAUUGUAAAAUGCAAUUUUCCUAAGCUACUGCAUUAUAUGAUAGCCUAUCAUGUUACGUCACGCAACUUGUAUCUAUCACAUGAAAGACAAUGAUUUCUAAGUUAUUUAUUUAGACUAAAAUAGCACAAUGUUUUAUGUUAUACAAGGACAUUAUCUUCUUUUUAGGCAUUUUUAGGCAAACGCUUAUUCAAGACAUUGCAGCAUUAUGGAACUAAUUAUAUCUUAGUUAUCGACAAGGCAAUGAGUCAUAAAAUCAUUCAAAGUCAUUUAAGAUAGCAAGACAUAUAUUACUUUUACUUCAGCAAUAAAGACUCUGAUACUUUAAAUGCCAGACAGUUGGUUCACACAUUGACUAGUCUAGCAGCUAGUAAGACACGGGAACACCAUUUUACCACCUACAAAUGAAACACAUUAAAGCAGAGCAACAGGGGAGUUUCUCAUAAUAUCAAUAUGGUGAAUAUAUGAAAUGCCUCCAGAAAAGGAACAAGACUCAAGCCACAGCAGCCUUGGGAAGUGCCCUGUAUUACCAGGGGAGACAAUAGCUAGGCAGACCAAACAACAGCAAGCACUCUUCUCUUGCCAUGGUGAUGCUGAGAGUGUAACACGCUGUACUGAGAGCAGAUCAGGGCUGGUAGUGAAGCAGGGCAUAUCCAUUUCACAAACUAAUUGCCUUCUUCAACCCCUUCUCUAAUCCCCUUAGUAGUUCCAGCAUACAUGAAAGAGCACAGUGUCUCACAAUGUAGACAGCCUUGCAUCAGUGCCUCCCAGUUGUGAAGAGUACCAAGGUUUAGCUAAGGCAGGUUUGCUUGAAAGCAGUUUGUACCAAAUCGUACCAGAUUUGUGGUUCCUGGAAUUGAUUUUUUUUUAUGCAAAGAGUCCCUCGGUCAUAGAUGUUUCGAUAGAAAAGAGGUCACCUUGUUAGUUGUUUAUUGUUUCUCUGAAGCAUGCUGAUACAGUUUCUUCUUUGAUUUGGUCUCCAGCUGUGUUGAUUAUUUAUUUUCUUCAUCAGCAGCACCUGACGCUCCCUGUGGAUAAACAUUGCCAAAGCCUACAUUUCCCAGUGGGCCGAGCAGGAAGUGGCACUCAGACCCUGUAAUGUAGAGUAAGAUGGCGACUUGCUUAUCCAGUCUCUGCCUGACAUCAGCAAGGGUUCAAAACCUUUUCAAGUCAUACGCCUGUUUUCAGACAACAGUAAUUACAUGGGCCAAAAUGACUGUUACUAGACCCUGUUUUUUUUGUUGCAAAGCUGCAAUUCUACCUUGGGUUAAAGACACUGCAUGUGAUUCAGUAAUGAUUCUGUUGUAGUUUGAUACAUGCUACAAUCACUGUAAAAUUAUUAAAUAAUAAUUACAUUUUGUCACUCUGA